UUUUAGGUCGAAAAAUCCAAUAAUGCCCUCUCUAUCCUUGACACAAAUUAACAAGUUAGUUGGACAAGUUUAGAAAGCCGUUGAACUAAAACUUUCACACAUAAUCUAACCACCAUACCUUCCACCCCAACCACCGCCACACCACCUCUUUAUUACAAACACCCAAGAAACAAACUCAUGGCCACCACACAGGAGGCCGACUUCAGCUUCCCCGCCGCCGCCGACUCCUCUCCCGACUCGCCGCCCCUGUGGCGGCGGUCCGCCACCGCCCCCCGGCGCGAGGUGGAAGAAGAGGGAUUCACCUUGCCGUCCUUUCAAGCAUUCAGAUUUUCAAGAAGCGUUAAGGAGAGAAAGUGCAACGAAGACGGAGAAGAGAAGAUGGAUAUGUUGUGGGAGGAUUUGAACGAGGAUCGAUUUGCCAAAUCCGCACAAAAUUCGGACGUCUCUUCGCCUAGGAGAGAAGUGCAGAUGAGCUGCGUGAGAGGUUUGCGGUUGUCCAGAGCAAAUGGGCACAUCAUUUCUCAUGGGAAGAAGACAAGCAUUCUUGUGUUCAUCAAAGCUUUGAAGAAGGUGUUUCUCAUGCAUAAUUCACAACGUGCAAUCAAGAAGAAGCCCUCUUAGUAAUUUAAUUCAUCCCUCUGGACUUGAUUUGAUUGCUUAGAUACUCGAUUUUUUCCUUUCUUUUGUGUUUGUUAUUGGAAGAGGGAAAGAACAAAAAGGAUGAUAAAAAGAUUUUCUUUUUCCUUCUUUUCCUUUUCUCUUUUUACAAUUUUAUUGUAUUUUAUCUUGUGUAUAAUAUUAUUAUUAUUAAUAUUUAAAAGAAGAAA